AUGGCGGCCGUUGCUCCCGUCCAGGUCAACGGCCUGAGCACCCCGUCGCUGCCUGCAUCUCCCGAAUCGUCGGCAUCGUCGAGCAAAAGGAAGCGCGAUGCGAACGAUGACGAAGCAGCUCCCAAGUCCAAUACACUCGAUGAAGUGCAGCCCACGACCAAUGGACAGGAGCCCCCAAAACGGGACGAGAGGGAGCUAGUUCGCAAUGUUUUCGAGGUCUUGCGCCGCUUCGACGCGAACAACUUGAUACUUUAUCGACCUAUCUCGGAAUCAUCGUCAUCCGGAGAGCCUCAAGCUAAAAGGCAAAAGGCCGAUGAGCCUAGCGCCUCGCAGUCGAUUCAGGAUAAAGCGUCGCGAGGCGAUUAUGUCAAAUUGGACGACUUGGUAGCGGACGUAAAACGUGCAGUGAACGAUGCAGUGGAGGCAUUGCAGGAAGCAACCUCUAGCGAGGAUGCGCAAAACUUCGACGAGCAACUCAACCAGGUUCUCGACUUUAGGAAGAAGGCCCUGGACCUUUACCAGCGCGAGAUAGCAUACCCUGAGACUCCUUCGCAGGCUAGCCAGCGAUUUUCUGGAGAGCAGCCUGAGAGCAGAUACGCUUUGUCAGUCUACGGGCUUGCUCCUCACGGCAAGACAUUAUACACCAACCUGCAACUGCCCGUGAGAACAUCAACCAACCCCGAGGGAUUAUUAAAGUCCAUAUCGACGGCGAAGCUUCCUCAGGGCAUUAUCGCAACGAGAGUAACCCCUCACUCUCCGAAGAAAAAGAUGAAAAGGGCACCCACUCUAGGGGAGCUUUAUCCUCCUGCAGCCAACCUUCCACCUCUGCAGGCGCCCAAAUCGAGCAAGAGCACCACUAAGAGCAACGUUCUUGGAUUUCACCAGCCUGAUCCCGUUUACAAGUGCCCACACAAGGCCGGGCUGACCUACUUUUCCCAGCAUGUUGCUGUUGGACAGUGGAUUGACUACAGCAAUGCGACGCCCUCAUCCCACUCGCAGAUCAAGACCAAGCAACGAGAGCGAGCGCAAAGCCUGGCUGGACACAAGCCCUCGACUGUGGAACUCGAGAUGUCCGAAAUGGAAACCCUGUUUCGCAGGGCGUUCACAAGCUUUGCUCCUUCAAAGGACGAUACGUCUGCAGUUGUUCCGUCCAAUCAUGCCAGUCGCAUAUGGUGGCAGCGUACUGGCCAGCGUCAUUUGCAACGGAUGGUCGAUGCUGAGGAGGGAUUGGAUGACGCGCCAGAGGAGAGCGCCAACGAGAUCCCGCACAAUGAUGUCGAUGUGGAUGCGGUUGAAGAGGCUAUCCGGAAUUGGGACGGGCUAAUUGACCCUAGUCUGGAGGACGGUUCCAGCAAAGAAUCGAAGCAGGAGAAGAGCAUUGACGAUAAGCUUAUGGAAGCUUCUGACCUCAUUGAAACGCUCGCAUCGCACCAACGCAAUCGCCAUCUUGCAUUACCGACAAGCAAAGAUCGACGAUCAACCGACCCUGUUGGUGCGGAUAUGCUUUAUAAUGGAUCUCUCGUGCAGCAACCAGGUGCCGAGGAAACAGAGGUGUAUAUGAAACUCAAGAACGCCCUUCUCGACAUAAUUAUUGAUCUGCCACCUUAUGCUUUGUCGAGGCUUGAUGGUGACAAGCUUGGCGACCUUUUCAUCAGCACAAAGCUUGAGAUCAGGACUGAUGUCCGGCAGGGAAUCAAUGAGGAGGAUGAGUCAGUGGUCAAGGCACGCCAGCAGCAGCAGCAACAGCAGCAGCAACAACAUAUGCAGGCCAACGCUCCUAGACAGCAGCCCCACAGGACACCAAGUGUGUCUGGUGGUGUGCCGUAUGUUAACCAGCAAUACUACGCCACUCAGAAUAGGCAGCCUGCACCCAACGCAGGAGCUCCUCCGUUCUACCAGCAAAGCCCAGUGCGAGCUCAGCCUUCUCCAUUGCAUCAGAGACCGCCAAUGACGAGUGCCAUUCCUCCCCAGAUGGCCCCACACGCGUCUCAUGUACAGCACCGGUCGCAUUCACCCCAUCCCCAGCACCGAUCUUCUUCGUCCCAGCAAUACCGCCAGCCCAACGGAUACUCGUCAGCGUAUGCGCCCCAAAACCCCAAGGCUCCUGCCCCUUAUGGACACAAUGCCAUGCCAUAUUCCGGCACACCGGGGCAGGGCCAGGCACAACGUAUGGCGGCACAUCCUGGCUAUGCGCAUGGUUCCCCGGCAGGCACACCUACUCAGGCACAGCAACCUCAGCGCAGGUUCCCCAGCGGCAACCAGGGCUUCGCCAGUGGCUAUCCACCACAACAAGUCCCGCAACCCCAGCACCACCAACCGAUGUAUCAUCAACAGCAUGCUGGACAACGGCCCGGAUAUCCGCAGCAGUAUGCCAACGGCCAGCCGAAUAUGCCACCACGUGCUGCGCAUCCGCCUCAACCUACACCUCAGCAGCAUCCUUAUAGUCCGAUGCAGCAACAGCAUCACCCACACCCCCAACAAAUGGCACAACAACCUCGAUUUCCACAGUAUGCUGCGUCGCCCGGUCCACAGCCAGGCCAGGGCCAUAGAUACCCCAUGUCAGGCAACCAGGCAAUGACGCCCAACGGAGCCCACCAAGGGAUGACACCGUCUCUGGGACCUUCAGGCUUUCACACCCACAUGUCGGAGUCGCAGCAAAACCAAAUAAUGGAGCAGUCGCGCCGUUCGGCUCAGCAGCAAAUGCAGGGCGGGGGCGGUGUUGGCAUGAAUGCCGGACUGGCAGGCAUCGGGCUCAAGGGCAAUUUUGAUAUGCAAAAGCAGCUUGCGGCUAAUCGCGCUCAGCAGCAACACAACCCUGUCAUGAUGCAGCAGCAGCAACAGCACAUGUCGCCGAGCCCAAGGGCGCAGGUUGCAACCCCAGUAGGACUCACUGGUGCGGGUGGACCGUCUCCAGUACCAAUGAACGGCAUGAUGGGCUCCCAGCCAAGGCAUAGUUCAAGCUCGGCCAGUUUCCCUCACGCAACUCCAUCGCCCGUUCAGAUGGGAUCUCAGGCCAGGCCUUCCUCUUGA